AUGUCCGUGCAGGUAUGCCGUGGGGGCUUCUGGUGCACGGCUUCCUGGGAUCCUCUGCUUCUUCGUGGGCGCUCCGUUUCCUAUCAUGCCUACGCCAGCAACUAUGCUGAGUUCAUUGAGUCCGAUGCCCGUCGCAUUCAGGGGCAUCAUCGACUUUCUGGGGCCGACCGUUCCGUGGCCCUCUACUCUCGUGAUGAUAUCAUCCCCAUGGUCCGUUUACAAGCUCGUGUGGUCGCGGCCUUCCGCAACGGCUUCCGUCCUUUGCAACCCGUUGGCCGUGGUCUUGAGGCCCCCGUUGCAGAUUUCCCGGUGGUCCUUCUUUCUGGAACGCUUCCGUCUUUGGAUUCGGCUGCUUUGCCGCCUGACUGCCUCCCCGACUCCCCCGUCUCGCCACCCGCUGCAAGCCCUCCCGUGCCAGCAGAUCCUCCUCCUCCCCUCCCGAUGAUUCCGGUGCUCCCGGUUCCUUCGGCCGAGGAUGAUCUUGUGUCACUGUCCUCUGAGGAGUCUGAAGCUCCGCCCGCAGAUCAGGACGAGGCCGAGGAUUGGGAGGCCGACUUGGUCGAAAAAGCGGCCAUCAAGGCUGCAUCCUCCGCCCCCUGGCUUAUGCAUAAUCCGCGCAGCAACGUUGUGCACUUUGCUCAGACUUGUGCCCCGGAUGCUCUCCGUUCAAUCCGUAUGCUGCGACAGGACGGUUCCGCUGUGCAUGUCCGACCAGCCUGUGGGGCGCAGACUCGCCAGAUGGUCUCUGGACCCUGCUGUCUGGUCCGCCCGCUGGUUCGGUUUUGUGCCUGCGCGGCGCCUGCUUUUCCCGGUUGUCGCAGCUAG